GAGUCAAGAAAUCUCCCGCGACAAUUAGGUUUAUCCUGGGACUGACAAAGGAUGAAAAUAAAGAUAUGCUGGAGGAAGAAUCUAAAAUGUACGGGGAUAUUGUUAUUUUGAAUAUUACAGAAAACAUGAACGAAGGAAAGACAUUCGAAUAUUUCAAAUGGUUUGCUAAACAUAGAAAAGAUUAUUAUUUUGUCAAAACUGACGAUGACUCUUUCAUCCACCUAAUUCACUACUAUCGUGACCUUCAAGACUUACCGAGAAAACGUGCGUACUAUGGCGGUGUGUACGGGGGCAAUGAUCUAGAUGAUAGUAGUACAUAUACGUAUAUGGGAG